GCCUCCAAAAGGAAAGUGGAAAGCCAGGCGGAGGAAUCACGUUUGGAGAUGCGCGUUCACAGUAUUUGUACUGCUCACGCACACGCCUGCUAUCAAAGGUCUUUGGAAAAAGAAUUCCCAUUGUCGGGUGAAAUCGGUGACUUUUCACGGCGAUUACUCGUGACGACAAACCGACAGGUGUGGAGACAAAGUUUGACUGAUCAUGAAGGACCGGACAAAUGAACUUAGACAUGCUAAAGACCCUGAAGAGGAAGAGGAGGUGGUCGUAGACCAUGGUAGAUUCAUGGAUGAAUUCUUUGACCAGGUGGAGGAGAUCCGAGGCUUCAUCGACUCGCUGGCGGAGAAGGUGGAGGAGGUGAAGAGGAAACAUGCCGCCAUUCUGGCAGCACCCAACCCUGACGAGAUGACAAAGGCGGAGCUUGAAGAGCUGAUGACGGACAUUAAGAAGUUGGCCAAUACGGUUCGCUCCAAGUUAAAGAGUAUUCAGCAAACGAUUGAGCAAGAAGAGGGUCUGAACAGAUCGUCAGCAGACACGAGGAUACGCAAGACCCAGCACUCUACUCUGUCCCGCAAGUUUGUGGAAGUGAUGUCAGAGUACAACGCCACUCAGUCAGACUACCGUGAGCGAUGCAAGAGCCGUAUCCAACGGCAACUAGAGAUCACUGGCAGGAACACAACAAAUGACGAGCUAGAAAGCAUGUUGGAAAGCGACAAUCCUGCCAUCUUCACCUCAGGGAUCAUCUUGGACUCCAGCAUCAGUCAGCAGGCCGUGGAUGAGAUCGAGACGCGACACACCGAGAUCAUCAAACUGGAGAACAGCAUCAGAGAGCUACACGACAUGUUCAUGGAUAUGGCCAGGCUAGUGGAGAAUCAGGGGGAGCUGGUGAACAACAUUGAGAAGAACGUGUGCGGGGCUCAGGAGUAUGUGGAGAAGGCUAAGGAGGACACCAAGCAGGCCACGCUCGUACGCAAGGGAGGACGCCGGAAGCUGAUGUUGAUUGGUGGCUGUGUUGCUGUCACUCUGACUGUCCUCAUCAUUGCUUUGGCUAUAGGCUUGAGUUAGACCCCGCCCAACCCACCCCCAGGCCCCGCCCUCUUAGGGUGAUGGAUAGGUGCUGCUGCUGCGGUGAACCACUGCCUCCUCUGCUGAACCCGAGACGCGAAGGGGGGACAAGAAAGGAGGGACACUCAGGAGAGACAAGAAAAGAGAGACACUCAGGAGAGACAAGAAAGAAGAGACAAGAAACGAGAGACAAGAAAAGAGAGACACUCAG